GAGUUUAAUGUGAAAAUGGAAUAGGCUGGGGCAAUGUUGUUGUAUGUACUGCAAAAUAAAGGAAAACAAAUCUGCAACUGGCCGAAUCCUGCCCACCCCGUGUGUUGUUACAAGGAUGAGUACCAUGUUUCCUGUCUGAGUGAAAAUGAGAAGGAGUCUUGCUCCAAGUCAGUUGGCAAAGAGAAAGCAGGGUAGCUCAUCUGAGGAUGAGGAAUGGUGUGAAGAUGCGGUUCCAAAGAGAAAACGUUUAAGCAGUAACAAGGACAUUCGAGAGAACUGGAUUUCACCUUUUCGGAAACCUCUUGCACAAGUAACAAAUAGGCCAACGUGUCUUGAUAGCAAGCAACAUGAGGCCUUUAUUCGAAGCAUAUUGUCAAAACCAUUUAAGAUCCCCAUUCCAAACUAUCAAGGAGGCCUAGGAUUGCGGGCUUUGGGAAUCAAAAAAGCUGGUAUAAGAAGAGCCCUCCAUGAUCCAUUUGAAGAAGGUGCUUUGGUUCUUUAUGAGCCCCCUCAGCUUAGUGCACAUGAUCUGCUCAAAGUGGACAAAGAGAAAGUUCCAGUCCAUGUGGUGGUUGAUCCAGUACUUGGGAAGGUGUUAAGACCACAUCAGAGAGAAGGUGUGAAAUUUCUUUGGGAAUGUGUGACAGGACGGCGUAUCUCUGGAAGUCAUGGAAGCAUCAUGGCAGAUGAGAUGGGGCUAGGAAAGACUCUACAGUGCAUCACUCUUAUCUGGACCUUACUCAGACAAAGUCCAGAUGCCAAACCAGAAAUUGAAAAGGCAGUAGUGGUUUGUCCAUCCAGUCUGGUCAAAAAUUGGUACAAUGAAGUUAGCAAGUGGCUUGGAGGAAGAAUACAGCCUUUGGCUAUUGAUGGGGGAUCCAAGGAGGAGAUCGACAAAAAACUAAGCGGCUUUAUGAAUCAGCAUGGAAUGCGGGUCCCUUCUGCAAUUUUAAUCAUUUCCUAUGAGACAUUUCGCCUGCAUGCUGAAGUUCUGCACAGAGGCAGUGUGGGGCUGGUCAUAUGCGACGAGGGACAUAGACUAAAGAAUUCUGAGAAUCAAACUUACCAAGCUCUCAACAGUCUUAACACUGUACGACGUGUGCUAAUCUCUGGAACACCCAUUCAGAAUGACCUCUUGGAAUACUUCAGCCUGGUGCACUUUGUUAAUGCUGGAAUUCUUGGGACAGCUCAAGAGUUCAAGAAACGCUUUGAAAUUCCUAUUUUAAAGGGAAGAGAUGCAGAUGCCAGUGCUGCUGACAGACAGAAAGGAGAGGAAAAACUCAAAGAAUUGAUCGGUGUUGUGAAUAGGUGUCUCAUUAGAAGAACGUCAGACAUUUUGUCAAAGUACCUGCCAGUAAAGAUUGAACAGGUGGUCUGUUGCAGAUUAACUCCUUUGCAAUCAGAACUCUACAAGCUGUUUUUAAAACAAGCAAAACCUGCAGAAGACUUAAACGAGGGGAAAAUAAGUGUUUCUUCAUUGUCUUCCAUUACCUCUUUAAAAAAGCUUUGCAAUCAUCCUUCACUGAUUUAUGAGAAGUGUGUGGAAGAAGAAGAGGGCUUUCAGGGAGCCUUGAAUCUAUUCCCUUCUGGUUACAGCACUAAAUCUGUGGAGCCACAAUUAUCUGGGAAAAUGCUUGUUCUGGAUUAUAUCCUGGCAGUUACACGAAGCACUAGCAGUGAUAAGGUGGUUUUGGUCUCUAACUACACCCAAACACUGGACUUGUUUGAGAAAUUGUGUCGGACAAGGAGAUAUCUUUAUGUGCGCUUGGAUGGGACCAUGUCAAUAAAGAAGCGAGCAAAAAUAGUGGAACGUUUUAACAGCCCCUCAAGUCCUGAAUUUAUCUUUAUGCUGAGCAGUAAAGCUGGUGGCUGCGGUUUAAAUUUAAUAGGCGCUAACAGAUUAGUGAUGUUUGACCCAGACUGGAACCCGGCAAAUGAUGAGCAGGCGAUGGCUCGUGUAUGGAGAGAUGGCCAGAAAAAGACCUGUUUUAUCUAUAGACUACUUUCGACUGGGACAAUUGAAGAAAAAAUCUUUCAGCGCCAAACCCACAAGAAAGCACUGAGCAGCUGUGUGGUAGAUGAGGAGCAGGAUGUGGAGAGACACUUCUCCAUUGGAGAGCUAAAGGAACUCUUCAUUCUUAAUGAGAACACAACCAGUGAUACCCAUGACAAAUUUAAGUGUCGUCGCUGUGUGAAUGGGCAUCAAGUCAGACCUCCUCCGGAUGGUACAGACUGCACCUCAGACCUCUCCCAGUGGAAUCACUGUGCUGACAAGCGAGGGCUGCAAGACCCAGUUCUUGUGUCUGCUUGGGAUGCUGCCAUCACAUUUACAUUCCACCACCAGUCCCAUGAGGAGCAAAGGGGUGUUCUUUAGCUUUAUUUAAUCAUCUGCUGAAAGAGUGAAGGUGGGAGACUGGAGAGAUGAAAAAUCCUUUUUAUAUUCUGAGUUGCAGGCCCUUAUGUUAUGUUUCCUGCUUUAAUGUUGUGGCCCAUCAGGUUAACCUACAUCUUUUUACCACUGUUCCUUAAUGGCAGUAUGAAACUCUGAGGCAAGAGCAUCAUGUCCUAAUGUUUAUUUUGUUGUUUUUCAAAUCGCCCAUAUUAUUGUAUGCUAUUUGGAGGUAACCUGUCAGUGCAUGGACACAAUAUACAGACUUCCUCCUUACAGCUCAUUGCUGCCAUCUGCUGUACCCUAUGGGUAGGCUAGGCACCAGUCACUAGGCUACUGCAGUUUUUCAACAACUCAUAAAUAAAUACUAAAUACUGA